UCCCUUCAUCAUAUAAAGAUUUAAAGGGCUAGAAAACCAGUGAAGCUUUCUUCUUCUCUAUAGAAAACCCAUUUUGCUUCUCGAGUUCUGCUUCUCGUUCCUGCACCUUUUGGUAGCAAUGAAGGAUAUUGAGAUGAAGAAGACCAGCAUGGGCAGAAAGAAGAUUGAGAUUUCAAAGAUAAAACUGAAAAAACACCUGCAAGUCACCUUCUCCAAGCGACGAGGAGGACUAUUCAAGAAAGCGAGUGAGCUUUGCAUCUUAUGUGGUGUUGAGAUCGCUGUAAUUGUCUUCUCGCCGGCCGGCAAGUUGUUCUCCUUCGGCCAUUCAUCUGUGAACUCUAUUGUGGACCGCUUCCUCGCCAGCCAGAACUUCGAUCCUCCUCUCCACAACGUCGACGGUAAUGGAUUCCCACAUGUCAACAUGCAACAGAAAAAAUACAUAGAGAUCCUCAAUCAACUGGAAGCCGAGAAGAGGCGAGAAGAAAAGCUAGCACAGUCGAGGAAUACGGGAGAUCAAGAUUUCGUCCAUGGCCAGUGUUGGUGGAAUUCUAUAGCCAUUGAUGAUUUUGGGUUGUACGAGUUAGAACAGUUGAAGUCGUCCCUGGAAGGACUGAAGGAAAAGAUCAACAAACGAGUUGAUGAACUACUGAUGGAGGCUUUUCUCUAGCUGGGAAUUCAGUUGGGUUGGUAGAACCCUUUCCGUUCAUGCAACAAAGUCUACUAGCUUAGCCGUUCUACCGUGUCCUAGAUUUCUGUAAAUGAAGGUUUUUUGUUCAUUUUUCAUCUAGCUAGGUUUAUUAGGAUUGUUGUCUGUUUUUUUUUGGUAAGAAGGAUGGUUGUCUGUUGAUCACUACUUUCUAAUGAUCGUUGUGAUCGAAACAACCCAUCUCAUGGUUCGAAUUAGUUUUUGAAUUUUCUUCAUCAAUGGAUCAAUCUUGAACAAGCACAUUAUAUUUUAAAUUUUU